AUGAAUGCCCAAGUACCGCGACGCUGCUGCGGCGUAGCAAGCAGCUGGUGCUGCACGGUUCGCUGGCGCCGUUCACUGCCUUCCCCCCGCGUGCCUGCCGCUCCACCGCUCUCCCUUGCGAAAAAUCAUAAUGCGAUUGCCAGGACGGCCGAUGUGGAACGCUUAACGACCACUGGCAUCACGCAACCAGUCUACACUCAAAUGCGUUGUAACUCACACGCCAUCCAUCACGAUGGAUUAGUAGCUGCCGAGAAAGAUUUCUCU